AUGGCACCCAAAUACAAGCUGUCGGACUCUGAAUCAGAGGCGGAACCAGAUGUUUCUUCGACGCCUUCUAAUAAACAGAUUGAACAGGCGUUGCGCGAUGAAGUCGCGGGGGUUUACAAAUCUGGCAACUUGGAGGAGCUCACUAUGAAACGUGUACGACUUGCCGUGGAGAAGAAGCUUGGUCUCACAGAGGGGUACUUUAGGAGCACAGCAGAUUUGAAGGCACGAAGCGAACAGAUCAUCAAGGCCGAAGUGGACGUGCAGGAAAAUGAGCCAGACGCCGAAGCUGAGCCAGCCCAAAAAACUCCAUCCCCAUCUCCACCUCCGAAACCGCAACCGAAAAAUACCGCGCUGCCUAAGCGAUCCAAGAGUGAAAGUGCACCCAAGCCAAGAAAGCGCCAGAAGACCCGGACCCCGGUUUCGGAUGAUGAGAAUGAGGAGGUUACGGCGCAAUCUGAUAAUGAUAGUGAGAAAGAAGUUACAAAACCGGACAUAGCCGAGUCAGAUGGUUCGGGUGGUGAACAAGAUUCCGGUGCGGUGAAAUCGUCGGAAGUUGUCAAAGAAGACUCCGAAAGCGAAAUGUCUGUGGUCCUGGACGAAGAACCCAAGCCCAAGCGUCAGCGACGAAAGAGCACCGAGGCGUCUUCCAAGAAAGAAAAGAAGAAGCCUGCACCCAAAGCCAAACCUAAAUCCAAGGACGAGGACAAUCCAGAUCACGCAGAGAUCAAGCGUUUACAAGGGUGGCUGGUGAAAUGUGGUAUUCGCAAGAUGUGGUUCCGCGAGCUGGCGCCUUAUGAUACCGCAAAGGCGAAGAUCAAGCAUCUCAAAGGAAUGCUCGAGGGUGCUGGCAUGACAGGGCGGUACUCGCAAGAGAAAGCAAAUCAGAUUCGCGAAGAGCGAGAGCUGAAGGCGGACCUGGAGCAGAUCCAACAAGGUGCGAAACAAUGGGGAAAGGAUAGCGGAGACGCAGAAGAAGACGAGGGGCCGCCUCGACGCCGAGCAGCCGCCCGAGGCCGACAGGCGCUCGCAUUCCUGGAGAGCGAUGGUGAGGAGUCGGACUGA